UGUUUUGGAAGUGAUAAUUAGGUUGGGUUACUGAAAAGGGGUGUUGUGUCUGUAGAUGAAUAUAUGUGGGACAUUCUUAGCUAAAGAUACUCUGAAUAAAAGUCAAGAGAAAAAUUGUCAUUAUUUAAUAGGAUUAAUUUUAAUAUAAUAGUAUCUUAAGCUAACCUUGUAACAGGUCAUGUUAAUGCCACAAUAUUCCUAACUUUGACAACAGAUUUAUUCUUUAUUUACAGAUAUGGAAAAUUGUUUAAAAUGUCCCAUCUAUGAAUGGCCAAAUAAUGAGAAAACCAUGUGUAUUGAGAAGCAAACUGAGUUCCUCUCAUAUGAAGGUGAUUCCCUAACUCUGGUCUUUAUUGUCCUCUCUGUGGUGUCUCUUUUAUUAGUGACAGUUAUAAUAGGAAUUUUUAUUUCAUUCCGAGACACUCCAGUAGUGAAGGCCAACAAUCGCAAUCUGAGCUUUAUUCUCCUUUUCUCCAUCAAGCUGAGCUUCCUCUCUGUGUUUUUGUUCCUUGGUCGCCCAUCUGAUAUAACCUGCAUCCUCCGACAAACCUCUUUUGGGAUCAGUUUCUCCAUAGCUAUGUCUUCUGUCCUGGCAAAAACAAUUAUGGUUUGUAUUGCUUUCAAAGCCUCCAAGCCUAAUAGUCCUUGGAGAAAAUGGUUGGGAGUCAAAAUCACAUAUUUUAUAGUCAUUAUUUGUUCAUUCAUUCAGUUUCUAAUUAGUGGUAUCUGGCUGAUCAUUUCUCCUCCAUUCAUGGAGCUCAACAUUCUGUCUGAACCUGGAAAAAUCAUCAUUCAGUGCAAUGAGGGCUCUGUCAUUGCCUUCUAUAUUGUCCUCUCCUACAUGGGAUUGUUGGCAUCUGUGAGUUUCAUUGUAGCUUUCUUGGCUCGGACAUUACCGGACAGUUUUAAUGAGGCCAAGUACAUCACUUUCAGCAUGUUGCUCUUCUGCAGUGUUUGGAUCACAAUGAUCCCGGCCUAUCUGAGCACCAAAGGCAAAUACAUGGUGGCAGUGGAAAUAUUUGCCAUUAUCUCUUCAAGCUGUGGCCUUCUCUUCUGUAUAUUUCUAACCAAAUACUCUGUCCUUUAUACUACCAUGAACAAGAUUCACUCUCUACCUACUGCUCCAACCCUCCUUAUGGGAGACUUCAAUAACAUCCCAGAUGGCGCUAUGGACAGCAUGCCCCCUGCUAGCCUCCAUGACUAUAACUUUUCCAGGUCGAUAGCUUUGCUUAGCAUCUGCAGGUGUUACCUUGAUUUAGUGAUUUGGACCAUUCUGCUGGUUGUUACUGUAGUGCAGGAGUGUCCAUCCAGUUGUUCACUUCCUGUGGAACUUGGCAUGUUGUCUCUGAAACUUGUGCGCAAGCGAGAGGAUGGCGUCUCUAUCGUGUGCAUUGAGAAGUCUGGCAAUGAGCAGUCAUGGUGGUGA